AUGGACUCAACCCCAUCUAAUGAUGAACUCGGUUUCGAUGUGAUGCCGGACCCCUCCAACAUCGCAGACGGAUGGACUGUAGAGCAACAUGACGACCCUCACAUUCUCCUGCAAGCUCGCUCGCCAGAUCUCACCAAUCCUUCCCUCUCACCACCCAUUCCCUAUUUUGGUGCUAAACUGGACACAUCCAUUCUUCACCCUCUCCUGCCCUAUCCCUCGUCACCUCCUUGUGUCGCUCUCGACUCUAUCAAGGAGCGCGAGAAAAAGAAGUGGACUAUAGGCUUAGGAAAGGACAGCAAAGACAAAGAGAAGCAAGGCCGAGGCACCACUGUCGCUGGUACACAGACAUCGAGCAUCUUGCAAGGGUCGUCUCAACCGGCUUCAAUCUCAUCUGUGUACAUACUCAGUCCAACCACCCCAUAUCUUUCCCCUGACUCAGCUCAUGCCACCUGCACCUCGUCUUGCUUCGCUGACGGAGUACUUGCGGCAGCCCAGCCUGGUGGUGCUGCAUGA